AUGCCGAGCAGCCAGCGGGAUGGUGUGGAGCGCCGGCGGGAGAGCUUUGACAAGCUGUGCCAGGACCUGAACAUGGACGAGGAGGCAAGUGCGGAGGCUUGGGGCAACCUGUGCCGCAUCGGGGCUACCUACACCUUGGAGGGAGAGAGCCUGCACUGGCUGGCCUGUGCCUUGUAUGUGGCCUGUCGCAAAAGUGUCACACCGACAGUCGGGAGGGGAAUGAUGGAAGGAAACGGCGUCUCGCUGACCAGGAUUUUGCGGUCAUCCAAAUUAAGCCUCAUUCAGUUCUUCAGCAAGAUGAAGAAAUGGGCGGACAUGGUCAAUCUGUCCCUAGAAUUCCGUGAGCGCGUGGAGCAACUGGAGAGGAACUUCGAGGUUUCCACAGUCAUCUUCAAAAAAUUUGAACCUAUAUUUCUGGACAUGUUUCAAAACCUUCACGAGGACCAGCCACGGAGAGGCAGGAAACAGAGGCGCCUCCCGUGCAGUGUAACUGAUGCCUUCAGCUUCUGCUGGACUCUCUUUGUUUACACUAAAGGCAAUUUCCGCAUGAUCGGCGAUGACCUUGUGAAUUCUUACCACCUCUUGCUGUGCUGCCUUGACCUCGUGUUUGGGAAUGCAUUUCUGUGCCCUCACAGAAAAGAUCUACUUAACCCAGCCUUCGAAGGUCUGCCAGAUGGUUUCAGCAGCACAAACUUUAAACCCCCAGAGCAGCCGCCCUGUAUCAUCAAAAAGCUGUGUGAUCUGCACGAUGGGCUGGUGGUGGAGGCAAAAGGCAUCAAGGAGCACUACUGGAAACCCUACAUUAAGAGGUUGUUUGAGAGAAAGAUUUUAAAAGGAAAUAGUGAGUACCUCGUAGGCCUUCUGGAUGUUGCCAACUUUACAGACAACAACAAAGCGAUAAACAGGGAGUACGAGGAGUAUGUGUUGACGGUCGGAGAUUUUGAUGAACGGAUAUUUCUUGGAGAAGAUGCAGAUGAGGAAAUCGGGAUGCCUCGUAAGUCUGUGUCAGAAAUUCCAGCCGGAAAACUGUCAGCAAGGAUGCAGGUUGAAUGUAACCUGCAGCAGCACUUUGAGAAGACAAAGUCUUUGGCGCCCUCAACCCCGCUGACAGGCAGACGGUACCUGAAGGAUAAGGAGCCGAUGGUGACCCCCGUGUCCUCGGCUACGCAGAGUGUCAGCCGCCUGCAGACCAUGCUCAUGGGGCUCAAGAAUGCUCCCAGCGAACACCUGCUGCAAAUAUUUGGCUCAUGUUUGAGGAACCCCACACAAGGCAUUGCUGCUCGGGUGAAGGAGAUGGGCGAGACCUUCUGCCAGAACUAUACCCAGCCCAUGGAACGUCAGGCCGGCUCUCAUAUAGAUUUUGCCAUUAAAAGGCUGCGACUGGCUGAAAUCCUGUAUUACAAGAUCCUGGAGACUGUGAUGACACAAGAAAGCUGGAGAAACCCGGGGAAAGACGUGACUGUGUUGCUGGAACAGGAUAUUUUCCACCGCUCCCUGAUGGCUUGUUGCCUGGAGAUUAUCCUCUCCUCCUACAGCUCCCAGCGCACCUUCCCUUGGAUUAUUGAAGUUCUGAACAUCCGACCCUUUCACUUCUACAAGGUGAUCGAGGUGCUGAUUCGGGCUGAGGACGGGCUGUCUCGGGACCUGGUGAAACACCUCAACAAUAUUGAGGAGCAGAUUUUGGAGAGUCGCGCCUGGAGCCAUGGCUCGGCACUUUGGGAUAGUUUGCAGGGAGUGGACAACCAGGUGCCGACAUGUGAAGAGGUAACCUUUCCGUCUAACUUCGAGACCGGGAAUGGAGCUCCCAGCCAACAUCCUUCAAUGCCGAUGUCUCCCAUCAUGCACCCUCGAGUCAAGGAAGUUCGGACUGACAUUGCCGGAAGCUUCAGCAAGCGCGAUGUUCCCCCUCCAGCGUCACCGCUCUCUGUACACGAUCGCUUCACCUCCCCGACCGCCGGCAGUGCCAAGAGACGUCUCUUCGGUGAAGACAGUUCAGUGGAGACUCUGGACAAGAUCAGCUCAGCUCCCACCACGCUGCGUAUCAUCCAGACACAGACACUGGUCAGCGACACUGUCUCCCUCUCCCCAGGCCGCAUGGUUAUACCCAUGGCCACGGCCACUGUCACCGCCACUAAUGGCCAGACGCUGGCCAUACCAGUUCAGGGGAUUACCAACGAGAACGGAGGGAUCACCUUCAUCCCGGUGCAGGUGAAUGUGACCCAACCAGCUGUGGGCACGGAGGAAGCAGCCCCCCUCUCAGCACAGGCUCUGAUCGGGGCCUCGCCUAGUCGCAUGGCACCAGAGCCCCAGGCCUCGGCUGGCAAGCCAAAGAAGACCGGCUCCCUGGCACUGUUUUUCCGCAAGGUGUAUCAUUUAGCCAGUGUGCGAUUGCGGGACUUGUGCCUGAAGCUGGAGGUGUCCCCGGAGCUUCGCAGGAAGAUCUGGACAUGCUUUGAGCACUCUCUGGUGCACUGCACUGAUCUGAUGGUGGGAAGACACCUGGACCAACUGCUGCUGUGUGCUGUUUACAUCAUGGCAAAGAUCACGAAGGAGGACAAGUCUUUCACAGAUAUCAUGAAGUGCUACAGAAGCCAACCACAAGCCAGUAGCCACGUGUACAGAAGCGUUCUGCUGAAAGGAGGGAGGAGGCCAGAUGCGGAGGCACUGGGAGAUGAACAAAUGCAAGAAGAGCCAGGCUGUGGCGAUGCUGCUGUGCAGAAUGGUUCUCGUUUGUGUGCAGAGGCCGGGAGCUGCACAGGUGCCAGGCUCCCCACAUUGGCUGGAGAGGUGGAGGUGGAGCGAGGAGAUCUCAUCAAGUUCUACAACACCAUCUAUGUCAACAGGAUCAAGUGUUUUGCGCUGAAAUAUUCCACCUUGAACCUGGAGUGUGGGGUGGAUGCCCCUCCUCUCUCCCCCUUCCCCAACCUGAGACCCCACCCUGCUUCCCCCCGCCGGAUAUCGCAGCAGCACGAGGUCUACAUCUCGCCUCACAAGAACGGAUCGGCCCUGACGCCACGUUCCGCCAUGUUCUACAGGUUUCACCGCAGCCCGGCCAAGAAUCUACGGGAUAUUAACACCAUGAUCAGGCAGGGUGAGAGGCUCGGCAGGAAGCGUGGCUUCAGCGUGGAGGGCGAGACAGUCUCCCCAGCCAAGCGACUGUGUCAGGACAGCGAUGACGUCCUCCUCAAGCGGCUGCAGAACGUUGUGAGUGAGCGAGCAAAUCACUGAGUUACGCGGGGCCCGACCACCCAGCCCCAUUCUAGCCCAAGAUGGUGGAAAGUGCAUCAAUUCCCUCUCGUCUUCGCCCUAGGACCACUGAGUGAGUGGUCACCGGACCUUCCCCCCUCCCCCUGCAGUUCUUAAACUAACUGACCAGCAGCAGCCAACGUUGGCAAAAGAGACUAUAAAAACACAGGGAAUUAAUGGAAUAAGCUAGACUGAUUCCUGAUCAGCCGUGAGGUGCUGUACACUUUUUUUUUAAAAUCUCUCUCCUUGUGUGUGUGUGUGUAUA